UCCGCACGCUGCGUUACGCUGCUCUCGAAGUUGUUUAAGUUUGAAGACUGUUCGGGAUUAUUACUGGAUUGGAACUUUGCGAUCCACAAUGUGUUACGCCGGAAAAUGUUGCUACUUUAUGAAGGUAGAGACUGGAUCUAUGAUAUUCGCUGUUAUCAAUAUGAUUAUCAAUUCUAUACUCGUCAUCGGUAUUAUUGCAGCCCUGGUAUGGUAUGAAAUUUAUUAUUAUCAAGCUCUACAUCUCACGGCUUACAAUUUUGUGCACAACAUUUAUCAGAAUUAUAUUUACAUAAACAUAACUAUAGGUGUAAGCCUUAUUUUGAGUUUGAUAUAUUUUGCAUUUUCUGUAUUGUUGCUCAACGGAUUAAUGAAGACAAAAUCCGGGCAAGUGAAGGCCUAUUUCAUAUUUGGUGUCAUUAUGAAUGUGUUGAGCUACGUACUAAUCAUAUUUGCACCAGCUGUAAUAACUGUUUCAGUGUCCUACACCCUGUUGCUCGUGAUGAUCUACAUGACGUACAACAAAAUGGAGGCUAACAAAUACUGUGGAACGGUAUUACAUGACCGUUCCAUCGUCGUCUCAGCUUAAAUUACUAUUGUACUAAUUGUUUAUUUUAUGUUAACAGUUUGGUUUACACUAACAGUUAUAUUAUAAGGAAGAUAACCUUACGUUAGUAAGGUUAUUUUCCCUGUCAAAGUGGGAACUCUUAAAACAAGAACAUGAGAUACGACAAUAUUUUAUAAUAUUAUGUUGUUAAUUUAUUUAACUGUUAUUUUCACAUGUUUACCUGAUUGGGAAGUGCGGGAUAUACAGCACCCAUAAUUAUCUUAAUACUAUUAUGUAACAUUAUCCUGUCUAUGAUAUUAUUAAUAAAAAUAUUAAUUGACAUAGAAUAAUUCAAUAUGAUUAGUAUUAUGUAAAAUUAUAUAGUUAAUCUUCCUAAAAAAAGUCUCAUAGAAGGCUCUAUUAAAGAAGCUUCCGACUCGAUUCACACUAACUUCUGAGCAUGUGUAACAUGUUCUUCAUAGUUUACUAUAAUCUAAGAUUGGGUGUUUUGUAGCGAAAACAAUACCCGAUAAGUAUUUUAAAUGUGUUUGCGUAAACAUUAUUAUUUUUAUAUUAUA